CGUCAUGCUUCAUUAAUAGGACCCUUUUCUCUUUCAGCUAGAUAGGAUACUAGCUUCGUUGACUUCAAGACUUCAUACCGGCGUACAAAGAUAUCGCAAUGGACCAUGGGCAACACGGGGUGAGCUCUGUUGACUGGCAAGACUGGAUAGAUUUGGAAGCCGGCUCUCGCCGCGAGGAGUCUAGGCGACUGGGAGGUAGCGAUACGAAGCCGCCUCCCAGUUUCAGCCCCGGGAGCCCGAGGCGCCUGUCGCUUCCACUGACCACAAUACCCAUCCCUGAAAAUGCUGUCCUCGCUGACGGUGGCCGGAUGCUCGACGUUCAACGACCACGUUCGAGCUCAUUACCCUGGUCAACGAUUUCGUCCUUGGAUCCAAAGUUACCGUUACCCGAUGUCCGGAAUGCUAUCAUCACUCCAAGCCCGUUCGCCGGCGACUCCAACAUCAACGCCCUGCCUCAAGUUGCCACCAUUGUGAACGACCAAGUCGUCGAGGAGCCAAGUGGCGAUAUCAACACUCAGAGAAACCCCAGUCGCGCUAGCAUCCGGAGUCUGGACAGGUAUUAUAAUUCGAAACGAGUUAAAUUCCGGGGAAAGAAAAGGGGCAAAGUUGCCCAAAUACUUUUUCAGUACUCAAUUUAUCUUUUGCUGGCUUGCAUAAUCUAUUUUUUCUUCGUGGGAGUUCCGUUAUGGAAGGGGACUGUUUAUUGGUUAUGGUGGGCAAUGGAAUAUAAAUUGGUUGUCAAGGGCGGUUGUGCUAUCUUCAUCGCCAUCGCUUUUUUUUAUGCCAUUGGCACCUUGUUUGUACGAUACGAGCCUGAUCCAGUGCCACCACGGCCAGAGGAGCUUCCAGCUAUUCUAGAGAAAAACAGCAGCACGGCGUUGAUUAUUGCUUGUUACAAAUCUGCCGAGAUCAUUGGGCGUACUCUCGAAGCCGCCCUGCAGAUCUUCCCUCCGGAGAACAUAUUCGUGGUCGCCAACGGAAACAGCCCAACCCCCUUGGAUAACACGGAGGAUGUAUGUCGACUAUACGGUGUCAACCAUGUCUGGGUUCCCGUCGGCUCCAAGAUCGUGGCCCAAUUUGUGGGAGUCUACGCGGCACACAGAUUUCAGUACGUGUUGAUGAUUGACGACGAUUGUGCCCUUCCGCCCGGGUUUCCAAUCGUGUCCGAACGGAUACAGCGCGGCGACGGAAAGGGGUUGGUGAAGUGCGUAGGGUACACCAUCAAGGCUGUCGGUCCUGAUGGUACCAAAGGAAGCCUGGUCCAGCAACUCCAGGAUAUGGAGUACAAAUUAUCCGGUAUGGCCCGUAAGUGGAUGGCAACCUGGGGAACUGCCACCUUCGCCCAUGGAGCAAUUGCGCUAUGGGAUCGCGACUUCAUCCUCAAAUGUUUUCGACAUCAUCCGGGCUUCAAGAUUUCCGAAGAUUGGUAUUUUGGACUGGUUUGCCGCAGUCUUGGAGGAAGAAUUCUCAUGUGUUCCUCCGUUCUUGUCGAAACCGAAGUCCCCUCGGGACUCUUUGUCGGUGCCGGUGCAAGAGGUGGCUUUGGUGAAAUGACGGUCUAUAAACAACGAUUCUAUCGGUGGAACUUCUUCUUUCUCUAUCGGGUGUGGGACAGCCUGAAACAUAUCCUUUUCGAUUGGAACUUGGGUAUUUACUCAAUUGGCGACAAGGUUUACACUUUCCAAGAGCUUUACUGUACAAUGCUAUAUGUUAUUGGCCCUAUUCUUCUGGUACUGGCAUUUAUGAUUGAACCAGAAUUCACGGGCAUAAUGACUGGAAUCAUUAUGGGCAUGUAUUUUUCUAUCGCCAUGUUCUUCAACGAGGUUAUUUUGCGCAAAAAGGGAGAGAUGGUCUCUCGAAAAGUUGUCAUUUUUUGUUAUAUGCCAUAUAAAUUUGUGCUCCGGUUCAUGAAUAUUGUCUCGGUGUACUACUCAGCAUUGACCUAUGCUAAAUAUUUUGCUGUACGCCAUCUGUCAAUUAUCGAGGACGAACAGGUUGUUGAGCUUGUGAUACACUCCAAGCCAAUUGAACCAAGAACAGUCUCAACAAGCGGCGGCGAACGAAGAAACUCGAUCCACAAUCGUGUUGCAACAACAGACUGGUCUUCAGAAUUUAGCUUCUCUACCGACAAAGGGUCCGCCUCCUAAACAACAUAUCGAAAUGAUAUUAUGUAUGCAUAUCCUGAGGGUGAAUGUAGUCAUAUCGAGGGGCUUUCCCUGCCGUCACAGAGAUCGGAUUUCACGCGUUGUCAAUACGCAUACUAGCGAUGUUCCUCUCAAAAAGAACUCGCUAGUUAUUUUGUCUAUCUUCACUCCAUAGUGGAGAGUAGUGGUAGCGGAAAUGGACGGCGGC